AUGGCUGUCAACACAUGGCCCCCCUACACACCAAUGCCUUCCCUCGGCCACGAGCUGGGAUUAAUGUUUGGUUUCCUCGCUCUAUGCGGCGUCGUGAUGGGUGUAUAUGUGGUUGUCUGGCGUGCUUUCGAAAACCGCCUCCAAGUCCAAGAAUUUGCCCGCAAAGCUCUCCUUGUUCGAAACACAAAUGCCACGGCAGAUCCCCUGCUAGGAACGACGACGGCAGUCACGGGUGGUCAAGCCGGUGUCACUGCUAGGUCCAAGGGUGCGUUCACGAUUGGUGAUGAUGGUGUCCAUGAGAAGAUGUUGGACCGGUAUGCCAUGCCUGAGGGACGGGCUGAGUUGCCUGUGCAUGGGAUGGAUAUUGGAGUUGGAGGUGGGAACGGGGUUGGGGUUGGUUCAAGUACGGGUAGGGGUGUGGGUGUGAGUGAAAGGAUUGCCAUGGGCAUAGGGAGUGGGACUAAGCUGUAUGCAAAUGAGAAGUGGGAGUCUCGUUUGACUCGAGUUGGGAGUCCGCUUAGUCCUGUGAGUCCUUUGAGUCCGCUGGGGGCUGGGACUGGAGGGAGAGGGAUCGGGAGUGCCGAUGACAGUGGUUUUGCUUCUGUUGGGAUUGCUUUGACUUCUUCGGAGGUUGGUAGGAGGCAUAGUCUUGGGAAGGAUGUGAGGGAGGGGAGGAGUCCUGUUGAGAUUGGGCCUGGGGUUGAGGUUGAGGAGGUCAAGAAUGAGGAACAGAAGGAGAGAGAGAAGAAACAAAGUAGGAGUCUGAUAUGCUUAUGA